AUGCCAUUCAAAUCCCGGUGGUCUAUACCCAUACCAGACACAUCUUUACCAGGUCUGAUCUUCAAGUCCCCCAAGCACCCGCAGUCGGAUACUAGAAAAUGCUACAUCGAUACUGCCCGCCCCAAUACUCAUUUCUUCACUGUCCAUGGCUACCUUCUCUGGUGCAAACGAUUUGCUGCCGGACUCCAACAAUCGGGCCUCAAAUCCGGAGACCGGGUGCUGGUCUUUUCUGCAAAUAACCUCGUAUACCCCGUGGCCUUUAUGGGCAUCGUGAUGGCUGGAUGUGUUUUCACUGGCGCAAACCCGACAUAUACACCUAGGGAGCUGGCAUAUCAAUUGAGCGACAGUGGGGCAACAUACCUUCUAUGUGCGGAUAACUCUCUGGACACCGGUAUCGCGGCAGCCGAAAGCAUUGGAAUGGGCCGAGACAAGAUAUUUGUGUUCAAUGAUCUGAUUUAUGACGGCAAAGGUGAAGGUAUAGAAGGCUGCCGAUACUGGGGGGAGUUGUUCGCCACUACUGAAGAAGGGGAGCAGUUUAGCUGGGAGGAACUGCCAACCCCUGAAGCGGCAGACAAGACUUUGGCCUUGAAUUACUCCAGCGGAACAACUGGAGUACCUAAAGGUGUCGAAAUCAGCCACAAAAACUAUGUUUCCAACGCUAUCCAGUUCACACACAGCGCGUAUCUGGACAAAGACUACGAAGAGACGACCAAAAGGACAAGAUGGAUGUGUUUUUUGCCAAUGUACCAUGCAAUGGCACAGAAUAUUUUCAUUGCUGCGGCUCUGAUCCGUCAGGUGCCCGUAUAUUUGAUGGCACGGUUUGAGUUCAAUCAAAUGCUCGAAAAUGUGCAAAAAUUCCGUAUUAGCACUUUGACCCUCGUUCCGCCUAUUGUCGUGAUGCUCGCGAAACACCCGGCGGUGAAAAAGUAUGAUUUAAGCAGCUUGGAGCAAGUGGGCUGUGGUGCUGCGCCUCUGGGCACAGAGAUCAGUGAGGAAGUUGAAGCAUUGUUUCCAAAAGGAAAGAUAUACGUCAGACAAGGCUGGGGAAUGACUGAGUAUCGUCUCCCCCCAUUAAUGCGAAUAUCUUUAACCCGGGUCAAUCAGCAUGGAGAAAUCUGGGUUCGAGGUCCAAAUAUCAUGAAGGGCUAUUGGAAUAAGCCAGAGGCCACGAGAGAGACUUUGACUCCGGAUAGAUGGCUGAAGACCGGUGAUAUCGGAUAUGUGGACAGUUCUGGAAAGUUUUAUAUCAUCGACCGAAAAAAGGAACUCAUCAAAGUGAAGGGCAACCAGGUAGCCCCAGCAGAACUGGAGGAUGGUGAGGAAUACCCGCGAGCAUAUGUCGUCCUUACGCCGGGAAAUUCGGCAACGCUUGAAACUGCACAAAGCAUUGUGCAUUACAUGAAAGACAAAGUAGCGCCCGUAAAAAGAAUCACCGGAGGCGUUAUUUUUGUGGACGUCAUCCCGAAAAAUCCAUCUGGCAAGAUUUUGAGGAAGGCUUUGCGAGACAGAGCCAAAAGCGAGAUUCAAAAUGGGCUUGCUGCAUCUAAACUAUGA